AUGAUUCCCGAGGUUUAUCUCCCCGAUCUGUGGAUACGAAACCACCUGGACCUCGAGACGAUCGAGGGGCUGGCCAUGGCUCUCAACAAGUUCGAGGGCGGCGUCGUCCUGGUGAGCCACGACGACCGACUGGUGUCCAUGGUGGCCGACGAGCUGUGGGUCGUGAUGCCAGGCCCCAACAAGGAGCAUGGCCCCGCCAAGGCCGAGGAAGAGGCGGUUCACAGUCGCUGUGUUGGCGAAGGCGCAGGUCGGCAAGUGAUCGGUCCUCGUGCAGAGUAG